AUGGCCAUGGCAACACCGGCACCACUUGGUCGAAACAGGAACAACGAGUUUGUCACAGACGCUGCCGGACCCCUCUCCCCCUCACAACACCAACCUCAACACCCUGCAAGAAGAGGCCUAAAAACGAGCAAGUCUGUCGAUGGCCUCCGCCGAGCUCGAUCCCACACCGCCGACCCCACGACCCAGAGUCUCCGGAGGGACUUUGAGGGCCUAUAUAUGAACUCACCAAGUCUCACCCAAACUCAGCUCGAGGCUUACGGAGGCAACAACUCGUCGGAUAACUAUAACAGCAGCAACAACAGACAGUACCAACCCCAGGGACUCUCACCCUCUCGGUCGCUGCAUCGUAACGCAAGCAAUCAGAGUAGCAACGUCUUUGAUCCACGGGGAGAGAGUCGAUCCGGAAAUCACUCACAGAACCAACAACAACACGACCAGCAAGGGCUAGCACCCAGUCAGCCCGGAUCAACCCAGUCGCCCUAUCAGACCCUUCAUGUUCAGGCAAGCCAGAUUGCCUCCAGAUCGACACCCAAGCUAACGCUCUUCACCCAACCCGUCUCGCAGAGUCAUUAUACCAACGAGUCCAAGGAGACUCGAUCUUUCAACGGACUUCCAGGACAACUCGACCCCAAACCAAAACCGAAAUCGUCCAGACUCAAGCCCAUCGUCGCUGUUGAAAAGGCGGAUGAUGAACAUGUGGAACGCGACCAAUAUGGAUUCAAGAAGGAGUCUCAAUGGCUCUCACAGCACGACUUUGUCAUCUUUGAGACCUACUAUAUACCCAUCAUGGAGCGACGUCGACAAAAGUGGGCCAUCUUCAUGAACGACUCUGCUGGCGAACUCCCCCCUCGAUCAGCAAAACUCAAGAGAUAUAUUCGCAAGGGCAUCCCACCAGCGUUACGAGGCGAAGCCUGGUUCCAUUACAGCGGCGCAGAGGACAAGUGCAAGGCGAACCCAGGAUUGUUCAAACGCCUUGUGGCGCAGGCUAAAGCCAAGGGCGCCGCAAAUGAGCACGCAGAAGUGAUCGAGCGAGACCUUCACAGGACGUUCCCAGAAAACAUCAACUUCAAGUCGCAGAUCACGAAACAGCAGGAUGGCGGGACCACACUUUCAACAGAGAAUGUGGCAGCGAUUCAGUCCCUGCGACGGGUGCUUUUGGCGUUCAGUUUGCACUCUCCUACGAUUGGAUACUGUCAAUCGCUCAACUACAUUGCAGGAAUGCUGCUCCUGUUCAUGAACGAGGAGCAGUCGUUCUGGACACUGUCGGUAAUCAUUCAGAACUUUUUGCCAGAGGGCAUGUACGACGUGACGAUGGAGGGCGCCAACAUUGACCAGGCGGUGCUGAUGACGCUAAUCAUGGAGCGAUUGCCGACGAUUUGGGCCAAGUUUAGUGGGGGCGCUACGUCGGUCGAGAUGGAUGAAGGACCGGGCUUGCCUACUGUGACGCUGGUGACGAGUCAUUGGUUCUUGACCCUCUUCAUCAACAUCUUGCCCGUCGAGUCGAUUCUGCGCGUUUGGGAUUGCUUCUUUUACGAGGGACGCAAGAUUUUGUUCAGGGUGGCGUUGACGAUCCUUCGUAUGCACGAGUCUGAGAUCUCCAAGAUUGAUGAUCCCCUGGAAGUGUUCCAAGUCGUUCAGAAUAUCCCAAAGAGGUUGAUCGACUGCCACAAGCUAAUGGAGGCGUGCUUCAAGCGGAUGGGAUCAUUCGACCUGACUACCAAGGAUAUUGAUAGGCGGUAUGAUGGCUUCCGGGCCAAGAGAAAAAGUGUCCGUGCUGCUGCCCAGGCCUCCCGCACUGCUGCACAUCGCGAUCCUAAAAAAUAA